AUGGGUGGUAUUGUCUUCGGUCCGGUCGUUGAGCUCUUAGGCUCUCUGGUUGAUUUGCAUUUGGGUACUAUCCCUCGGUUGUUAUGCCUCCGGUUGUCCACUGCCUUGGAUGGCUCGAUAUGUUUGCCUCCUCUUGGCCUUCUAAUUGCUCGGCAGCUGCUUCGAGAAGGCCGCUCUAGUGGCCAGCCGGAGUCGGAGCGUAGGCCAUGCGGAGAAUCCGAGCCUAGCCGAUUCUUGCCGGGGUUGCGGCGAGGUGAGUGGAUAUUAGUUUUUGGUCGGGCUAAAGCCGGGGCUCGCUCAAAUCGGCAGUGUCGAUCUCGGCGGGUUUCACCCUCUCGGUUGGGGCAACAAUCGGAUGAGCAAGCUCGGGAAUCUCAUCUAGCCCCUUCGGUUCGAACAAACAAGGGUAAAAUGCCUGCCGUAGAUCCUUCAUGGAUAGAGCUGGCGGAUUCUUUGGCGAAGCGUGAGAUAGGCGCAACCGAUGGGGCUUUAUUGGAUAUGGUUAGUGCUGGCUUGCUAGACCUCCCAUAG